CAAAAGUCAAUUCCAACGGCAGAACAAAGAUCAGUUCGUCCAAGGUAGUCUCAUCUGGAACAAAUCUAAAGGCCGGACCUUGAUCCAAUCCCUGCAGCUACUCUCAGGCAGACUGACGCAGAAGGCACGGCCACAAGCAUUGGCCACCCGACCCAUUAUAAAACCGCCCAUCAUUCCUGGUCUCUUGCACUUGCCUUGACCUCUUGCUUAGGCGGAGCCCUCAUUAACAUCGCCAUGAAAACUUCCAUUGCGGCUGUCGUGUCCGCACUCGCAGCUGGCGCCGCAGCUCUUCCCUUUCCCUCUGCGUAUACUCUUGUCGCAGAUGGAGGCUGGACUGUAGUUACCGACGGAACUCAUGCCUUCAUUGGUACCGGAGACAUCGACAACUACCCCAUCCUGAUCUUGAGAGGAGGCAACAACAACAGCAAAAUCACCGGAGCAGCGCAGCACCGGUCCUCUGCUGGCGUGCAACACUUCUACGUCAUGGGGAGUACGGAUGCGCCCGUGACGCUGACGAGCCCCAACGCCGACGCGCCCAGCGGUGCCGUCGUGGCGGGAUUCGGGGUCGACAAUCAGAAUUACCUGACGGUCAACGGGAAGAGCAGUGCCUUCGGGGUGGAUCCCAACUCGGGCCAAAUCAGGGAGAUCUAUCAUCUGGGGAAGGGAUCGGGGUCCCAGUAUCAGCCGAUCUCAUUGUGGGUGAAGGAAUGCAAGGGGUGUUAGAUGGUGUUACAUUUAGCAUUGUUGGGGCGGAAAGGCUUGUUGUGGCGGUGUAGUAGGGUGAGAGAAUGCUCAAAAGAAGUCUGUUGGUAGGGCACUGUGGCUUUGAAGGGUGAUGGUGGUGACGAUGUGACAUUGUGGAAGCAUGGAGAAGGGUGCAUUUACUGUGACUGGCUUGAUGAAGUCGCAAGGGUGGGUGUUUUGUACUACAUCGUUGACUGCUUGAAGCGUUUGUUGGCUGCACGAGUCUAUGAGAUCUCUGGAUCAGCAGUUCUCGGGUCAGUGCCUGGUAUAUAGGAGACUAUGUGGAGGGUCAUAGUUCUAG